UAUUAGGUAGACUACUAGGAUUUCUCCUCUUGCUGUAUAAAGAAAAAAAUAACCUAACCUAACCUAACCUAGACAGACAGACCGUAUUUUUUUAUUUAUUGGUUUACAUCAGGCAACGAAGGCCCAUAUUAAUACAAUGAUACUAUACCUGAAACAUAAAAUACUAUAAAUACAUAAUUUUGAUAUUAAUAUCACUAUUGACAUGUGUCAAAUAUUUUAAGGUUUGUUGGUCACAAAUAGUAGGACGUGGCUAUGGAAAAUUAAUUCUACAUUCAACACCUUUAACUCAAAUCACUACAAUCACUAAAACUUAUAAUCUGUCAUAACAAGUGUUGGGAGGAUUUAUUGACUACUACCUGAAAUAAUUGUCAUCCACCGAGUUCUGACAGAACUCCAACCACACAGGACUGAAUACUGAUAUUAGUUCUUGUAAACCCGCAGUAUUUCAUUUCUCUCGAGACCUACUAUGGAAGUUUGCCGGUCUCCUCGCAGCUUUCUAUUACUUCAGGAAGUAGCCAAACAUUUUGAUAAUCAUCAAUGUGUCAUAAAUAUUUCCCAACUCGUCGGCUUUCUUUCUUUCUUUUAAACUCGACAAACUACAUGCGACCAAUUUGAAGCGCAUAGCGUAUUGCGCAAGUCCAAGGAGACGUGCCAAUGGUGGUAACUGUGCAGUAAGCACAGUAAAGCGACGAGAUGCACGCGAGGCACGCGCUUGUUGUGGCAGCCGCGUGGCUGGUCGCGCGCGCGGCGCCGGCUGCCAGCGAGAGUGCGCGGGUACGCGGCGCCGUACGCUUCGGUGCUCUAUUCGCCGUACACGGCGCGCCGACGGAAGCGCGUGCGGGCGCGGCCUGCGGAGUCGUCCGCGAGCACUAUGGCAUCCAGCGCGUAGAGGCGACGUUGAUGGCUCUGGAUGCCAUAAACGCAGACCCCCGGCUACUGCCGUGGCUGCGUCUCGGCGCCGACUUACGUGACUCGUGCUGGGCAGCUCCCACGGCGCUGCGACAGACCAUUGACCUGGUGCGCGAUGCUAUUGCCCCGUCGCAGGCGCUCCGCCGGCGAUCUCUGUCCAGCGGUAAAGCCGGCCUGUGCUCGACGACAAGUGAGCUGGGGCGUGCGCCCGCGACUCCGUUGGUGGCAGUGCUGGGCCCUGGCGCCAGCUCCGCGGCUGUUCAGGUGCAAAACUUGCUGCAGCUGUUCUCCAUCCCGCAGGUGUCGUACUCGGCGACGGCGCGCGAGCUGUCGGACCGCGCUCGCUUCUCCACGUUCUUCCGCGUGGUGCCGUCCGACAAGCACCAGGCGAGGCUGCUGGUGGCGCUGCUGCGCGCGCACAACUGGACCUACGUGCACGCGCUGCACACGGACGAGAGCUAUGGGCAGAGCGGCAUGGCGGCGUUCCGCGAGGAGGCGGCGCGCGGCGGCGUGUGCGUGGCGCGCGAGGUGGCGCUGCGCGCGGCGCCGUCGGCCGCGGCCGUGGACGCGGCGCUGGCGCGGCUGGCGCGCGGCCCGCGCGUGGCCGUGUGCUGGUGCGAGGGCCGCACGGCGCGCGCGCUGCUGGCCGGGCUGGCGCGCGCGCCGCGCCGCCUGCGCCUCGUGGCCAGCGACGGCUGGGCGGACCGCCGCGAUGUGGUCGACGGCUUGGAGCACGCCGCGCUGCACGCGCUCACGCUGCGCAUCCGCUCGCCGUACCUCAAUCACUUCGACAGACACUACCUCGCACUCACGCCGCUCAACAACUCAAGAAAUCCUUGGUUCCAGGUCUUCACUUAUAAUUCAUAAAUUCAAAUACAAUAGAAAUAGAACUUUU